GUCCAAACUCUUGCUAGUCGCUCCCUUCCCCCCCCCCUUCACCGAAGCCUUGUGACGGCGCAGCUAGGCCGACGAAGUCCGGGACAGAAUGGCGUCAGGCGUGACCGUGAACGACGAGGUCAUCAAGGUGUUCAACGACAUGAAGGUGCGCAAGUCGCACCGGACGCCCGAAGAGGUGAAGCAGCGCAAGAAGGCGGUGCUCUUCUGUCUCAGCGACGACCGCAAGAAGAUCGUGGUGGAGGAAGGCAAACAGAUCCUGGUGGGCGACAUCGGCGAGACGGUGGACGACCCGUACGCCUGCUUCGUCAAGCUCCUCCCCCUCAACGACUGCAGAUACGGACUCUACGACGCCACCUACGAAACCAAGGAGUCCAAGAAGGAGGACCUGGUCUUCAUCUUCUGGGCUCCCGAGGGCGCUCCCCUCAAGAGCAAGAUGAUCUACGCCAGCUCCAAAGACGCCAUCAAGAAAAAGUUUACAGGCAUCAAGCACGAGUGGCAAGUGAACGGGCUGGACGACAUCCAGGACCGCAGCACGCUGGCCGAGAAGCUGGGCGGCAACGUGGUGGUGUCCCUGGAGGGCAAGCCGCUGUGACGUCGGCGGCGCCGUGCCAUCUGGACCCGAGCCCGCCGCGCCGCCGCCUGCCGUGUGUGUCUGUGUGGUGAAGGAGUCGACGUCAUUAGGCCCCGUUUUUGUUUUCUCUUUUUUUUUUUUU